CGAUCGCCAACCCUCAAGCAUGAUCUGGACGUCAGCGUUUGUCUUCGCCCGGCACGACGCGACGGUCUCGGCAACGCCCGACGCGCUCACGAUCGCGGUGGCGAAGAAGCCCAAGAUGGACGAAGCAUUUGCGUGGGCGGACGUGCUCGGGGCGUCGGCCUUUGCCCGCGACGCGACGGCCGGCCUCGUCAUUCACGUCUUUGCCAAGCACAAGAACGGCAAGCGCAAGCUGCGCGAGGUCCAGCUCACUGCGAGUGGCAUGAACCAGCACGACAUUGACACAUGGCUCUGCGUGAUCCGGUACUUUGCGAGCCCGACGCGCCAAGCUGACGAGUCGCUGGUAACGAUGGACGUCAUCAUGCAGGCGCCGCCCAAGCAACGCCGCUUUCUCGUUCUCGUCAAUCCCGUUGGUGGCUCCGGCAAGGGCGAAAAGAUCUACGAAAAGGUCGCACCGCUCUUCCUGCACGCCAACAUCCGCUUGGAAAAGCUGGUCACAGAGCGCUUCGAGCAGGCCAUCGAGAUUGCUGCCGAGCUCGACCUCGAUGCGUACGAUGGCGUCGUCCUCGUCGGUGGCGACGGCGUAGCGUACGAAGUGAUUCAAGGCUUGAUGCGCCGGCAGGACUGGGCCAAGGCCAUCCAAUUCCCGUUCGGAAUCAUCCCCGCGGGUUCGGGCAACGGUCUCGCAGGCACGAUGGCGCACGCGGCCGGCGAGCGCUGCAACCCAGAGACAAGCGCGUUUCUCGUCAUCAAGGGUCGUCCUCUGCCCCUCGACAUUGCGUCGCUGCGCAACGCGGCGAGUACGACGUACAUUUUUCUCUCGUUGUCGUGGGCGUUCAUGGCCGAAGUGGACUUGGACUCGGAGAAGUACCGGUAUCUCGGCGGCCAGCGCUUUGCCGUCUCGGCGGUCGCCAAGAUCUUUACCAACAAGGGCUGGACGGGCAAGUUUUCGUUCGCGCCGACCACGCCCGAGGAUGUGCCCAUGUACUGGGACACGGACGCUACGCCGGGCGAUGCGCCCCGGCUUUCGCUCCUGCCAGCGAUCGGCGACCCGCUCCCAAGCGACUGGACGAGCACGGAAGGUGUCUUUAGCCUCUUUUGGGCCAUGAACGUGACCCACGCCGGCCAAGACGCCCACGUCGCGCCCAUGGCCGACCUCUGCGACGGCCACAUGCACGUCGUCCUCGUGGAAGGCAGCGCUUCGUUGGGCGACUAUGCCAGCGUCAUGCUCAACAUUGAGAAUGGGGACCACGUCCAAAAGCCGUGCGUCAAGGUCGUCACGACCCGCGCGUUCCAGUUGGAGACGCCGGACCACGACGUCCUCUCAGCCGACGGCGAGCGCUACGGCGGCGGCGUCUGCCAGGUUGAAGUGCACCGUGGCCUUGCGCGAGUUCUGGGCCUCGUCGCCUAAGGCUGGUCGAGGACCAUCCGGCGAUGCCAUUGGUGGCUUUAUUAAUGCACUCUAUUUUUUUACAAAUGAAAGCCGUUGGAGC